AAAACGAAGAGAAACAAUGCAUUCCUUAACAUUCCUGAAAUUUUUUUAACAUUCAUAAAGAAUAAUUUUUCUUUUCAUUUCCUUUUCAUUCUUUUUGUUGCAGAGAAAUAUAGAACAAAUUUAUUUCUCACUAAAUAUGAUAAGGAAUCAUUAUUCUAGCCCCAUAAGAACAUGACCGGACUUUAAAUUCUAGAUCCAAAAUAUUUAUGGACCAGACCGGAUCAAGCUCAAAUAUUUACGGGCUUAGCGAAUUUGGAUCGAGCCGUCAGGCCGGGAAAACCCUAAUUAACGCCCCUAACAGUAAUAUUUUUUAGAAUGAAAUCUUUUAUUGGGGCUCGAUUUGAAAUAAAGUCCACCAGUAUUUGUAAAGAAAUACUUUAUACAUUGAUUUAUAGAAAUAUGUUUUUAACCUUAAAAUUUUGAAAAAUAAGUGUACUAAUUAAAUGUUCAAUUUUUGUUUCUUUAUUUUGGUUAUAUUUAUAUCAUUUUGUUUUGUAUAAUUUUUCAUGUUUAGCUUUUGAUACUAUACAAAUAUUUUUUUCAAAAAAAAAACAAAUUGAAUGGGGCCCUCAUUAUAUCGGGCCCGUCCCUUUUUUUUUUCUUGAAAGAUAAAAUUUUAAAACGCUGCGUUUAGUUCUUUAAAUGAGACGAAUACGCGCGUUUUGAAGUUGGUUAUAUAACGGAAAGUUUCAGAGGUGAGAGUUUGAGAAGACGAAGAAGAAAAGAACGAAAGAAAAGAUCAGAAGAAGAAGUAAGCUUUGCGAUGGGUGAUGAUGAUCAUAAGCCUCCGCCAACAACGGAGGAGAUUCGCCAGAAGAUGAUCAGCUCCUUUACUACUGAGAUCACAUCUUCUUCGGAACAAGUCGCUAUCCUCAUUCUUGAAGCUCAUCAAUGGGAUAUCGCCGCUGCAGUCUCCGCCUUCAGAGACGCCGUCGUCGCAGCAGCCGACGCCGCCUCCACCGCCAGGGAAAAUGCUCAUUCUACGAUACGGUUGCGAUCACCACGGUCUCCUUCUCGUGCCUUCUCUCCUAGCGAUGGGAACAUCCUCAGCGACUCCGAUGAAAAAGAGUACGACGAUGCUAUGGAAUCAGAUGAUGUAGACAGAGAUCUACCAUCAUCAUCAUCAUCAUUAGCAUCAUUACCAAGAAGACUAAAGUUCAGAAGCUUAAGCGAAAUUCUUUCAGUUACUCCACAAGUGAUCCCGCGCACUGUCACUCUUUAUAGGAAUGGUGUCACUUUCGAUGAUGAUAAUAUAUUAUGGCCAUUGGAUGAUCCCCAAUGUGCAGAGUAUCUUGAGUUCGUAGAAAGCUUGGAGUCACCACGUUCACUCGAUUCUCCAGGUGGCAAACGGCGUGUCCUUAUCACACUCAUUAGGCGUCAACAAGAAGACUUCCAUGAGCCACCAAAACCAUUCCAAGGUGUGGGAAGAACUCUAGCCGAGCCAGACUCUGUCCCACCAGCUUCAUCCGACUCACUGACCACAGAACCAACACCAUCAAUGGAUCCCACAGCUCCAACAACCUCGAUCAAGGUCAUAUUAGCAGACGGCACCCCCAUUGUCUCCCGGUUCACUACUACUCACCAUACCAUCAGAGACGUUCGAGACUUCAUUGACGCGGCUACACCAGGUGCCUCCAGAGACUACCAAUUACUCAUCAUGGGGUCGUCUCCUCCUACACCACUGACGACUGACUUAGACCAAACCAUCGACCAAGCUGGCAUCUCCAACUCUGUUCUCACCCUGAAGUUCUAGACCUUCCUCUUAUGCACAUAAAAUAUAUUACACAUGUUGAUAUCAUCAAAACACACGCUUUUUGUUGUUUUGACUUUCUUUUCUCUAGGCUAAAAGUCUUUUACUUUAUAAAUAAAAACGUUCGACUUUUAAAAUUUUAAAUAAAAAUUAGGUUGUCAGUGUGCAGUUUGCUUUUGAGUUUGUAUAUGCAUAAGUUUAAUUUGGGCGAAAAAGGAGCGCCCUUUAUGCAACUGUUAUUUGAUCACAAUUUAAAUUUUUUAAUAGUAACUAGAAAUAAUUAUUUGAUAAACUUAUAUUUAUUCAUUCUCUCUACUAUUUGAUUUAUCUUUUGAUAUAUGUCAACUAGAAAUAAUUAUUUGAUAACAAUUUAUUUUUUAUAAAAUGUUAAACAGAAGAUAAUUGUAAAAGGUUAUAUGCUAGUAAUUUUCCUUUCCUAAAAUCCUACCCAAAAAAUGUAAAAUAGUAUUUGAUAUAUAUAUAUAUAUAUAUAUAUAUAUAUAUAUAUAUAUAUAUAUAUAUUUGAUUGUAAAUGAAAAGGAGCACUUUUUAAAAACAAUCUAAACAAAAUUAAAAUUUUAAAAUUAUUUAAUAAUAA